ACACUCCUUGCUAGCACUUCAGCAAUCACGUUGGUAAUCUCAUAUUGCCGACGAAUGAUAGGUACUAAACGCUAAAAGAUCUGUGAACAGCAAGCAGCUAUUACUGUCGCGUCGCAUCUAAAUACUGCCGCUUCUGCAUCGGACGGUUGUGGAAGAAAUCAUCGCUCAGUGAAGCGCACGGAAGAAAAACAGCAGCCAUGGGGGCGAUGUUUCGGAGCGAGAAGAUGGCCUUGUGCCAGCUCUUCAUCCAGCCUGAAGCCGCCUACGCUUCUGUGUCCGAGCUGGGAGAAUUGGGCAUCGCUCAGUUUCGGGAUCUAAAUCAUAAUGUGAAUGCCAUGUUGCGCAAGUUUGUUAACGAAGUUCGACUAUGUGAUGAGCUUGAACGCAAGCUACGAUUUUUUGAGGCUGAGAUAAUCAAGGAUGAAGUACCAAUUCCUGAUGUAGAGGACAACCCAAAGGCACCUAACCCAAGAGAGCUUGUCGAUCUGGAGGCAAAAUUUGAGCAAACAGAGAAUGAAUUACUGGAACUGAGUCAGAAUGCAGUGAACCUGAAGCAGAACUUCCUAGAAUUGACAGAACUGAAGAAUGUGCUGGAUAAGGCAGAGGGAUUUUUUAAGAAUCUGGAAGUUGCAAAUGCCUCUGACCUGCAGACUAGGGCACUCAUGCAGGAUGAGCCUGACAGUGGGAACCCUGAUAAGGGUAGCCUGGGAUUUGUUGCUGGAGUUGUACCUAAAGCGAAGGUUCCAGGAUUUGAGAGAAUGCUAUGGAGAAUAUCACAUGGAAAUGUGUUCUUGCGACAGGCUGACUUAGAAGAACCCUUAGAAGAGCCAAAGACAGGCAACAUGGUACAGAAGACAGUGUUUGUGGCCUUCUUUCAAGGUGAACAGUUGAGACUCCGGGUGAAAAAAGUGUGUACAGGUUUCCAUGCAGCACUGUACUCAUGUCCAACUGCUGCAGAAGAGCGUGCUGAUAUGUUAUCUGGUGUCCGCACCCGCCUUCAAGACCUAACAGUUGUUCUAAAUCAAACUAAAGAUCACAGGCAGAGGGUACUACAGUCUGUUGCUAAAGAGCUGAACAGAUGGACAAUGAUGGUACGCAAGAUGAAGGCCAUUUACCAUACUCUCAAUGGUUUCAAUAUGGAUGUCACAAGCAGAUGCCUUAUUGCAGAGUGCUGGGUGCCUGUGAAUGACCUACCAAGGAUGACUCAAGCACUGCAAGAUGGUGGGGUUGCUUCUGGAAGUUCUGUAGCUUCAUUUCUUAAUAUAAUUGAAACGUCAGAUACUCCACCAACAUACGUUAGAACAAAUAAGUUCACAGCAGGAUUUCAAAACCUUAUUGAUGCAUAUGGAUCCAUAACAUACCAAGAAGUUAAUCCAGGGUUGUUUACAAUUAUUACAUUCCCGUUCUUGUUUGCAAUAAUGUUUGGAGAUUCUGGACAUGGACUCAUUCUGUUUGCUUUUGGAUUGUAUAUGAUUCUCACUGAAAAGCAGCACUUGAAAAAGAAAAUUACAAAUGAGAUUUGGGGCAUCUUCUUCGCUGGACGUUACAUUAUAGUUUUAAUGGGAAUAUUUUCUGUUUAUACUGGACUAAUAUACAAUGAUGUUUUCUCAAAGUCUGUGAACAUCUUUGGUAGCAAUUGGAAAGUCUCCUAUAAUAGUUCAACUCUCAGAUCAAAUGAUGAACUUCAGCUCAAUCCAGCAACAGAUUAUGGUGAUAACAUAUAUCCCUUAGGCAUGGAUCCAGCUUGGCAGUUGGCUGAAGCAAACAAGAUUAUGUUCCUGAACUCAUACAAAAUGAAGUUAUCCAUAAUAUUUGGUUUCUUUCAUAUGGGAUUUGGAGUGACUCUUGGUGUUGUGAACCAUAUCCACUUUCGUAAGCCAAUCAACAUCCUCCUUGAAACUGUACCCCAAUUUCUUUUCCUACUGUUGCUGUUUGGAUACUUGGUCUCACUUAUGUUUGCUAAAUGGAUUCUAUAUGGAGCAAAAAAUGAACUGUUGACAAGUGAACAUUGUGCCCCAAAUGUGCUCAUCACGUUCAUCAAUAUGCUCCUUUUCAAGAAAUCUGAAGCAGUGUGUAAUAGUGAAGGUGAAGACUGCUGUGAUCCAUACUUUUUUAAUAACCAAAGAAUGGUACAGAUAGUCAUGGUACUUGUGGCACUCCUUUGCAUUCCGUGGCUUCUUCUGGCCAAACCAAUAUAUAUAAUUCGUUCCCAGAAGAAAAACAGACAGAAAGUCCCCUCAUCAGAAAAUGCUGAGGAAAAUGGAACCAUUGAAAUGGGGCAUAGAGAUGAAGAGGCUGGACCAGUGACUUCUUCAGAAGGAAAUCAUGAUGAUCACGAGGGUGGCGAAACUAGUGAUAUCUUCAUUUACCAGGCCAUACACACAAUUGAGUAUAUCCUUGGAACCAUAUCACACACUGCCUCUUACUUGCGGCUGUGGGCUCUUUCUCUUGCACAUUCCCAACUGUCUGAGGUGCUGUGGUCCAAAAUUUUCCACAUAGCUCUAGCGAUGGAUAUAGGCUAUGGUGGGGGAGUUUUAAUAUAUGUACUAUUCUGGGCAUGGUCUUUCCUUACUCUUUCCAUCCUUGUACUGAUGGAAGGCCUCUCAGCAUUUCUUCACACAUUGAGGCUGCACUGGGUGGAGUUUAUGAGCAAAUUUUAUACAGGUACUGGCUACAUUUUUACACCAUUCUCCUUCAAAUCUAUUUUGGAACAAGAGGACAAUGAAGGACCAUAGAGAAAUUCGCUGUAUCAGUGUAAAAUAUUGUUUUAUUUAUUCCAUGUAAGAUGUUAUGGUAAAAUGAGAAGCAGUUUCAAAUUUUUGGAACUGCGUAGAGAAACUGUUUAUAAGAACAAAACUGUAAUAUAAAUAUCUGCAUUUGAUAACUCCAUACUUUGGAAUUCUUUCACAUUAAAAGAGUAACUGGCACCGAUGUAAGAUAACAGGCACAUCAAAUAAACAAGAAAAACUUGUAAUGUAAUAAAAAAAUAGAAUAAUUUUA